AUGGACUUAAUCAACAACUCAUUUUUCGACAAACAAUUUAAACCUCGCCUAGAAGAUAAAUUCUUAAAAAUCAAGCAUCCACUACCUGAUGUCAAGGCAAUUCAAGCCAAGUCUUGGGUAGAGGUCUUAGCAGAAACUGAUGAAUCCCUUCAAAAGAGAUCUUCAUCAAACCGAAGCAUUAGGCGUCGAGCUCGCUAUUUUACCAGAAAUGUCUAUUCAAAAAGUGCUAAAUUAUUUUUACUUUGUUCUCUGUCAUAUUCCAUUUACAGCCUGCCUAAAAUACCGCCUGGACCAUUCUAUAAGCAGCUCAAAGAAUGGUGGGCAUCAUGCCCCCCUCAAAAGUCACUUGCUCUGGCCACCCAGACGAUUUGUCACGAUUUAUCUUCUCACAACAACAAAAGCGAAAAUUCUCCUACCUCCACAUCAGUAGAGAAGAGCAGUAAUCUCCCGCCUGAAGCAACAUCAAGAGAGUUCCUUCCAACAAAAAAUCCAAAUUUAUUCAGCAAAGGCCCUUAUUUUUCCUUCUCAUUUAUGAGGCGUCAUAUGAUCGACAAGUUGCCCGAGCCAUUUCAGACCAGAAUGCAGACAAGCAAGCUAUAG